GACGAUGAACUAUGUGGGCCAACUGGCCGGGCAGGUGUUUGUGCAGGUGAAGGAGCUCUAUCGGGGUCUGAACCCCGCCACCCUCUCGGGCUGUAUCGAUGUGAUCGUGGUGCGGCGGCCCGACGGAUCCCUGCACUGUUCACCGUUUCACGUCCGCUUCGGAAAACUGGGAGUACUGCGCUCACGAGAGAAACUGGUGGACAUAGAGGUCAACGGCGAGCCUAUCAGCUUGCACAUGAAGCUCGGAGAUGACGGCGAGGCCUUCUUUGUGGAGGAGACGGAGAACGACCAGGAGGCGGUGCCGUCCCACCUGGCGACGUCCCCCAUCGUGUCAGACGCCGAGACGUCGGGGGUCACGGCGGCCAGCGUGGCGAAGAGGAGGAGAAAGAAGAGGAGGAAGUCCAGGGUCGACAGCACGAAGAGAGAGACCAGCGCCGAGUCCUCCGGGGAGGACGAUGACGUCUUCGGCAAGGGCACCAGUGCCAGCGGCGGAGACCAGCACGGCAGGACCUCUUCAAGAGAAGGGGUGAGCGCUAGUUGCUCCAGUGGCUCUCAUAAGCAGAAUGGUGUGUGUGCUCACUCUGAUGGAGACUGGACCCCAACACAAAGUCCUAAUGUGUCUCGGCCCUGUUCGCCCAACAGCGACUCCGAACUGGUCGCUGCCGCAUGUGCGGGACUACGGCGAGACGCAGCUAUGAUUUGGGUCUGGGGAGAACUGCCUCAGCCAUCCUUCCUGCCGUCUAAGACGGAACCGCCAAGCAGGGGUCCCCUCCCCGUACCCGUGUCUGACAGCACACACUUCAGAGUCAUCCACGAACCUCACCACGGCGACAAUCGCGUGCCUCCGCAACUCUUCGGCCUCGCGGCGACCGCGGCGAAGGGGGCCGGGGCAGGACACACAAGGGGGGAAGCAGAGCCAACGAGGACCGGCUCGGGGCGCCCGGGGACGCCCAAUGGCCCCAUGGGACAGGACGCAGGGACGGGACCGACAUUGGCGCAGGUCGAGGAGGGCUGGCCGGCGACCGCGGGGCCUCAAACCAAAGCCGACUCGCCCACCAAAAGAAAAGACAGGAGAAGCCGCCAUCUUGGCGCUGAUGGCGUCUACCUGGAUGACAUCACCGAGCUGGAGCCGGAAGUGGCCGCCCUGUACUUUCCGAAGAGCGAAAGCAACGGCACGGGUCGAGCGCGCUGUGAGAACGCGUCUCCUCCGUCCGUUGGGGGCUCCGGAGCGGACAGCGGCUCGGAGCAGCCCGCGGAACUCUCCCCUGUCGCCCUCUCUCUGUGCGGAGGACUCGCCGACAGCCGGGAGAUUAGUGAAGAGGACUUUCAGGAGAAGGCUGUGGCUUACCAGCAGUUUUCCGCGCAUCCCGCACUCAUCGACGAUCCCAAUCUGGUGGUGAAAAUCGGCUCCAAGUAUUACAACUGGAGCACAGCUGCCCCUGUCCUGCUGGCCAUGCAGGUGUUUCAGAAACCGCUGCCCAAGGCCACCGUAGACAGCAUUGUGAAGGUGAAGAUGCCGAGGAAGGGGGGACGCUGGUGGUUUUCAUGGAGGGGGAGAGGAACCAGUAUCAAACCAGAUGCUGUGGCUGUGGUUGGAGCCUCUGGAGGAGCAGAGCAUGCUGGGAAGAUGGCGGCCAUUGGCAGGCGCAAGGACGAAUUCUCUUCGAGCGAUGAAGAUCGUCAUUCGGCCAAAACAGCCACCCAGCUUCACCCAAUCAGAUCCCAUACUCAUCCCAGGGGCGUGUCUUAUAGGAAGACGCUCAGGCUGUCUUCUGAACAGCUAGCUGAUCUGCAGUUAAAAGACGGAGCCACUGACAUGAUUUUCAGUGUCAACACCCAGUAUCAGGGCACUUGUCGUUGUGAGGGAACCGUUCUAUGUUGGAACUGGAAUGACAAGAUCGUCAUCUCAGACAUCGAUGGCACCAUCACCAGAUCUGACACAUUGGGGCACAUACUGCCCACUCUGGGGAAGGACUGGACACACCAGGGCAUCACCAGCCUCUUCCACAAACGUCAGAAUGGCUACAAGUUCAUGUAUUGCUCAGCACGUGCAAUUGGCAUGGCUAACAUGACCCGCGGUUACCUGCACUGGGUGAACGAGAGCGGCACCGAACUGCCCCAGGGCCCGGUUCUGCUCAGUCCAAGCAGCCUGUUCUCUGCCCUGCACCGGGAGGUGAUUGAGAAGAAACCGGAGACGUUUAAGGUGGAAUGUCUGAAUGACAUUAAAAACCUGUUCUAUCCAAACACACAGCCAUUCUAUGCCGCUUUUGGGAACAGGGCCACGGAUGUGUAUUCGUACAAGGAGGUGGGAGUUCCUCUGAACAGGAUCUUCACCGUCAACCCCAAAGGAGAACUGGUACAAGAGCAUGCCAAGACCAACGUUUCCUCGUAUGCGCGCCUGGGUGAGGUGGUGGACCAUGUGUUUCCCCUGGUGAAAAGAUCCGGUUCGUCCGAUUUCCCCUGCAGUGACACAUACAGCCAGUUCACCUUCUGGCGAGAGCAGCUCCCUCUGGUGGACAGUCAAGAUUGUGCAGGCAAAACCAGCAGCUGAAGAAUGCACGACAGCCUGGAAAUAUAUAACCGCAAGACUGUGACUGUCCAAACAGUGUUUUCCUUUUGCUUUACUGAAUCAAAUCAAUCAAAUAUUACAUAUAAAGUAGCACUUUACAAUAUAGCAGGAGCAGAACUGGUGAUCAGCUACAUAAGACUUGUAGCGUCAGCUUAAACACGGGAGAUAUUAGAGAUAUUUUAAUGUUUAGGAUAAAACUGUGCGCUCGGUUGCCAGGAAUGCUGUUAUUAUUAUAAGUUUUUUUAAGUUUAUAUUUGGCUAAAAGUUAUUUUAUAAAGCAAUCAUUUGUGUAUUUGAAGAGUGCAUGACUAUCUGUUGAAUGUUUUUGCCAAAGCCUGUUAAAAUGGUGGCAUUUAUGCAGAUAGUUUGGUCUAUGAUGUCUUAUGAUCUUUUUCUUGAAAAUGUAAUUAUUUGUUGUUCGUACCAUUGCACUGAAGCUGAGAUGUAGUUCUGAUCAAACUGCUGUAUACUCCACAAUAUCCCGUGUGUGUGUGUGCACGCAGUUCUGCUGUAUACAAUCCUCAGAGUCCAGGGUGGUGUGUAGGGGUCUAAAGUGUAUGCAAAAUGCUAGCUGGUUUAGCUACGGUCAUUUCACGCAGGGUAUUUUUCCCAAAUCUUACUUAAUUAAUAUAUAUUUUAUUUUACGGCUCUGCCGGAGCGCCCACAACCUCCUCGGGCUUCAUUUACCCGCCUUGUUAGACGUGACGUCAGCUGAGGUACACCCUCCAUUGGCCGGACGAGGUGACACAAACAGUUCGUUAACUCUGAUUGGUACGUUGGUAGACACGUCAUUGCGUGCGCCCAAAUUGACCGCGCCCAGCUCCAAUCCAAGAGACGUAAAUGGUAGAAAAGUUUUAAUAAAAAUAACUUCUCAUAAAUAAAAACCAUUAUUCUUUGUCUUCAUACUAAAUGGUUCACAAAAGCCAUAGAUAGUAGAAUAUAGUCAUGAAUAUAGAUGAAUAUGGUCAUCAAAAUGUGUAGAAAAGGGCUUUUAUUUUGUAGUUAAGUUGUUUAUUGGUUUGGGUUUUUGACCACUCAUUACUCUUUCUGUUAAAGAUCAGUGCUCUCUCUCUCUCUCUCUCUCUCUCUCUCUCUCCUGUUCACUGAUUAUGCCGUUUCUGAAUUUGGUUGUGCCUAAUAAAAAUACAA